AUGGAUUUUUCUCUUACCCAGAUCCUUCCUUCAUUCAGUGAAGAGCUAUCACAACUAAACAACAACUUGGGCACUGUUUUUGAGAACUUUUCUUCAGACAUCAAUGACGAGAUCGUUGCCAGCACAGAAAGACAGCAGGAUAUCAUCGCAAUGACCCGCAAAUUGUCAAAAACCUGUGAUAAACACAAAAAUCAUAAGCUUGUCGUGUCCAAUGACAAGUCCUUGAUGCAAGAUUUGGAUGACAUAAUACUUAGUAUCACCAUCACAAAGAGCAGUUUAGAUGAGACGAUAAGGAGGCUCAAUAAAGCUCAGUCUCAGCUGGGAAACGACCAUUACCUUCGAAACUCGGAAAAAUUGUACCGGUAUUGCAAGGAAAACAAAUUGAUCACAACAAAAGAAAAAUUACAGCAAUAUGAACAAUUAGAACGGCAGUUGGGAGUCUCCACAAAACUCAGAUUUCCCUUGAAACAAAAGUCGGAAAGUACCUUAUCGUUGACGGAUAAUACGGUGUUGGCAGAUUUCGAACCCUCACAGACUGAGAGCUCUCUAAAAAAGUUGUUUAUUGAUGAAGCUUCCUAA